CCGACAAUGGCGGUGGCGGCAAUGCGAGUCGCCGUAGCAGCAGCUGGGAGGAUGGAGGAGAAGGAGCCUCUCAAGGCAGCGGAGGAGUACUCGAGGAUAGUCAAAGCACUCACGGCUGCCAGAAGCCAAGUGAAGUCCAAGGAAGAGGACAAGGAGAUUGCAACCGUCAUCGCCCUUGCUCGCAAGCGAUUCGAUGAGUGUGAGAAGCGGAUUCUUCAAGAAAAAGCAGCAGGAGCAGGAGUGGGAACAGCAACAGCAACAGCAACAGCAACAGCGGCUGGAGCAAGAGCAAGAGCAGGAGCAGGAGCGAAGGGGUUUGAAGCUGCUUCAUCAUCGGAUAAGCAGACUGGAUCUUGGUUAGGUUGGUUAUGGGAAACGUCUAAGCCAACGCAAAAUGUGAGCAAGCAGCGGUCUGUGGAUGCUUGCACUUAUGCAUCAGUUCAGCGAUGCGAGAACGGCAGAGCGAUGCAGGACAAGGAGCGGAGAGAGCCAGCCGCAACGGAAACGGGAGGUCCGAAGCUCGGGUCAGAGGGAGCGACGGCAACGAGCAACAAGGCCCAGUCCAAGUACAACAUCGGCAGCCUUAAGGGGAUCGACCGAAAGCUGGCGCUGAACAUCCUCGAUGAGGUCGUGGAUCAGGCACCUGGAGUUUCGUUCGAAACCAUCUCGGGUCUGAAGGAGGCGAAGGAAGCGCUCAAGGAAGCGAUCAUCCUGCCCUCCCUCCGUCCUGACCUCUUCACUGGCAUCCGGUCGCCUCCUCGGGGGAUCCUCCUGUUUGGGCCUCCAGGCAAUGGCAAGACUUUGCUGGCCAAAGCAGUUGCAACGGAGUGCAAGUGCACUUUCUUCAACCUCUCUGCCUCUUCAUUGACAUCAAAGUGGGUGGGAGAGUCCGAGAAGAUGGUUAGAGCUUUGUUUGCGCUGGCGGACCAGCUGCAGCCAAGUGUGAUCUUCAUGGACGAAGUCGAUUCUCUCCUGACUUCGAGAUCAGCUCAGGAGCAAGAUUCCAGCAGGCAACCCCCCAACCCCCCACGGCUCAAGACCGAAUUUCUCGUUCAGUUCGACGGGCUGGGGACGAGCAAGGACUCUCGCGUUGUGGUGAUCGGGGCUACCAAUAGACCGCAGGGUCAGAAAGUCAGUCUGAACGAUCGGGAGUUCCAGCUGGUAGCCGAAGCCACUAAAGGCUUCACCGGCAGCGACAUCACCGCCAUGUGCAAGGAUGCUGCCAUGGGGCCCAUCCGCGACUUGCGGGGAGGGAUCGAGAAGGUCAACGAGUCUUCAGUUCGUGGGAUCAAUCUUCAAGACCUGAGAGAAGCAGCGGACAAGACUCGGCCCAGCGUCUCCUCUAAGCUACUCAAGGACUUGCUGGCAUGGAAUGCAGAGUUUGGAAGCUACAAGGCUUGAGGGGAGCUGGCAGCACAGAUUAUCUCGUGUAGAUAUGUAGAUAUAUGAAGGAAAACAUAUGAGCGGUGAGGGAAGUAAAAGUAUCGAGAUUCG